GAAGUGAUGUCAGAGAAUGCAGUUCGUUGUUAAAUGUCUGUCUCGCGCUGUCGGUGGAACCGUCGCUUGGUCUCAGUAACGUGGCCUUUCGUGGUGGAUUCACAACUGCAGGAGCUCGCACUCCUUGGCCGUGCCAUCUGAGUCGUGAAGGGCAAGUUAGCAGCCCCGUCCGAAGUUUAGAUCCAGGAAGGAUGAAACGAAAAGUGGUUAAAUUGAGUGGUCUUCGUCUUAGUCCAAAUGAAGAGGCAUUUUUGAUAAAAGAGGAGCAUGAGAGAAGACGAAGGUUAAGAAUAAAGCAGGUCAGAGAGCAGGAGCGUUCUAUUGCUGUGCAGAUCCGAGAGGAGAUAAAACAUCGUCGUAAUCAACAGCUUGAGCAACUAGCAAAUGAGUUGAAGGCUGAAUGGCAGAUGGCACAAAUGGAAAAAGCUCAGUCUCUAGAAAAACUUUACCUCUCUGGUUUGAAGGCAGUGGGUGAAGGACAUAGACAAGCUAAAGAAAAUGAACCAGAUUUGAAAGCUCACUCAAAACAGGCAGUUGUAAACAGAGAAAAAGCAGAGAAAAGGCACCGAGAAGCAUUAAGGGAGUUGAAGCAGCAAAAGGAUAAAGAGCAUGAAGUCCAAAAUAGGUAUAUCAAAACACGCAAAAAGGCCCUACUCAUUGAGAAGAAAAGAGCAUUAAAAAUUGCACAACUUCCACCACCUCCACCAAACCCACUUGCUGAUCUUGAAGUCCAAAAAUAUCCAGCAGUGAAGAUGUAUGACAUUGACAGCUUCUCUGAGACACGCUACCAUCUACCUGGACCUUUUGUGGACAGAGAAAGUGACACACCACAGAUUAAUGCCCAACAGACUGCACAAGAGGAAACAAAGCGCUUGGAGGAUUUGCAACAAGAAGCUGAGAUGGAGAGGCUGGAGCAGUUGGAGAAAGCUAGAUUGCGAGGCAGCUACGCUCUCCAGUUAGUUCAUUUAAUACAGGACAAAGAGAAACUGGUGAAGGAACUUGGAGAAAUGCAACAAGCUGAUCUGGCACGUCGAAGGCAGACUGUACCCCGGAUGCCACCCCAAUUGUUUGAGCCACCAUAUAGACUUGUGCAAGUAAAAGAGGAUCGGCAGAGGGAGAUGGAAUUUGCUUUUGAGGAUAUGUAUGCUGGUGAUCAAAAAGUCAGAGGUGACUUAAUAUUGCGACUCGAGCAUGAACCUUUACCGGCCCCAACUAUUGGAGUACAAGAUGAAGAUUUGGACCUUUCUGUUGAGCCAGAUGGAUUUCAAAAGGAAGAGCAAGAUGGAAGUACUACCCAGAAUGAUCUACCCAUACUCCACUCUGGUAAAAUCCGAGAUCUAGGUUUGGUAGCAUCCAGUCAACCUUUUACAUGCCAAAGUAAUGCAGCCUUGAAGAAACUGUUGACCAAGAUAAAGACACAGAGGGACCAUUGUUCAAAACCUGAACCAAAGUGUAUGAGCAAAGAUAUGACCAUUGAGUCUGGGUCAAUUACCAGUGGAAAAAAUGAUCAAAGAACUUUAAUGAAAUCCACAGCUAACCAUUUAAGCGAAGAGCAUCUAGAAAUACCGUCAGUGCUGAUUCAAGCCAAUAAACAGCAAAAUGAAGUUUGUGAAGAUGCCAUAAAGGCUAGAAGUGCAACCUUGUGUCACCCAAAAGAGCAAGCAACUAGAACUAGAUCUGAAAUAGACAGAAGGAAACAAUUACAUGAAUUAGAAUACAAAAAGCAACAACAGUUGCAUUUGAUCUGGCAAUCAGGACAACAGAAGCUGAAUCUAGAACCACAAGUGCAAGGCGUUCAGUUACAGCAGCAACAAAGUGAAGAAAUCCGAAUGCAAGAAAGAGUGAAUAGCGACUUGGAAAAGCGGUCACGGCAGCAGGAUGUGCAGACAAAAGAAUGGUUAAGAUGUCAGGAGCCAAGGAAAGAAAAUACCUUGUACGAACAAAGUACUUGGAGAUCCAAAGCUGCACAGGUGGUUAAAGGAAACCCACAUGUGAAUACUGAGUUGGAGCAUCACAAGUACUUUCUGACAAAUGAGCCAUCCCCAGAUGAUGAGCAUAUGUGUGCAAUUCAUCAGUACCAGCAGCACCUUAUUGAGCAAAACAGGUUGCAUAAAACAUCACUGGAAGGAAUCAGGAAGCAGCUGGAUGAGUAUCGGUUGAAAAAAGGAUGGUCUUUUGUUUCUACUACAGCAAAACACUUGUCUGAACAACAGUUGCCAUCUUGUAUAAACCAUUAUGAUAAAUCUAUUGGAUCUGAACUCAAAGUUGAUGUGACCAGGAAUAAGCCUGAAGUGACUUGUGCUCUUUCUGCUCAAUAUCCUAACUUUGAGAAUCGAUCUGGAACUCUGUGUCAGAACCAACCUAUAACUGUACCAUUUGUUCACUUGCAACAGACCAAAUUGCCAUAUGAGUUUACUUGUCAAUCACUACCGGUAAAUCAAAGGUUACAAGUACGAGUUGGCACUGUUUGCUUGCCUGAGAGUUCAGAAAAUGCUUCUGGUUUUUCACCGAGGCACCAACUUUUAAAAAAUUCUACUUUAUUCAAUUCAGCAUUGUUCAAAACUGCCCAGCAAAAUACUGCAACUGCUGAGUCCACAAUUAUACAACAACAAAGAGACAGCGUACUUAAUGCUGGAUCAAAUAGUUCUGGAGGCCUUGACCAUGUUAAUCAGAACCAGUCUGUUGUGUAUAAUGUUAGCAAUAGUGAAUCUGAUUUGUCAAAAUCUAAAAUAUUUAUCAUGCCUCAUGGUGUACUUGAAGUGAAUGGUGUGGAAGUAUCAGAACAUUGUGCUGCAACGUCAGGCACAGUUGAGCCACAACAGGGGCUAACAAAAGUAGGAUUAAUGCAGAUGUUGCAAAAUCAGUUAAAACCCUUAGAAGGACAACAGGGAACACCAGAACUUUCAGUGAGAACAUUGACACACUCUAUUCCUUCCUCAACCUUGACAAAAUCAGUUAAAAAUUUGAGCGAUCAAGAGAGAUCAUGUGCUGCAUCAACCGGUAUUCAGGUUCCAAAGGAACGUUUAAAAGACUUGCAUCAGAGAUUGUGUAGACAGAGGGAGAAUCUUGUUGCCACGCAAAUGUUACAAGAGCAAUUCAUGCACAGGCAAAAACUUUUGAAAAAAUCAAUGCAAGAUCAGCACAACACAUCCGAAAUUAAUUUUGUUGAGAAUCAGGACUUGAACACUGGACCAACCAAGGAGAAUUUCCAACUAAAAAAUGAAGCUCAGCUGGAAGAUCUGCAGCUAACAACUCCACUAAAUGUUCCCACUUGCAAAGGAAGUUAUUUGUCAGCAUCUCAAAAUGUUGAAGCACUCUCAAGUGAGGAUCAGUAUCAGCGACCUUCUAAGCCACCUGUAACCAAGCUAAGACUGGGACUUUUUGGGCUGUUUGACCAGCAUGAAUUAAGUGCAAUCCAGGAAGGAGAAUCCCCUAAAAGUGAUAGACUGUCUCUAUUUGUCAACAGGAAUACGCCUUUAGAUAACUGCUGUUGCUCAGAAGCUGAAGAGUCAAGGCCAAAGCUGAUAGAUUCAUCCUGUUCCUCUGAAAUAGAUUUGUCAAAUGUAUCAACAAGCAGCAGCCAUCAAAUGUCUAAUAUUUCAAAUUGCACUGGAGACUCCUUUCGAAUGAGCAGAAUGACUUGGAGAGAUAAACUGAAAUUGGAGAUUAGCAGUCUUGCAGGACAAGGUUCCUCUCAUGUUGAAAGCAGUAUGCUUGCGUUUCCUGGUCCCAUACAUCAUACAGCUAGUAAGGUGUUAUUUCCUUAUUCUUGGUCUGGUAAUAUUCAAAAAGCUCCUGAGGAAGGUCAACUAUUUUCCACAACACUAUCUACUGGGAGUUUACCUUCAAGUGAACCAACAGAUAUUGGUCCUGUCAGUCCAGGUGAUCAUUCCUCCGCUGCUCAUGACAUCAUUACUGGACAGUCAACUGCUCCCUCAACUUCAACUUCACUCUCUGUGAACAAGGACACAGCUGAAAAUCAAGACAUUGAUCGUUGUUGUCCCAGUUUAGAAGAAUGUAUUCCAACAGGAAGAAAGAUUCAGCAGGUAGUGGAGAAGUAUACUAGAAACCUAAACCAAUGGCUUAAUUCGACUGGAAAGAAUCAAGAUCCUCCAACUGGUCAUAACACUUCGACCCAAGGAGUACCUAAUUUCUAUCUAGAACUGCAGUCUUCACAACCAGAUUCAGAUCUAGAAUUUCAGCCUUUGGAGACCAUACCUGAUUUUGGUUUUUCAAGUACUUCAUUAUCUUCUACUUCCAGCAAGAAUCGAAAUGUCCUUGAUACUGAUCGCAACACACAAAAUCAACAUUCUAACUCAACCACAAACUCUGAGAUCAAGUCCUUUACAGACAGUAUUGAAUUCAGUCCUGACCAUGGAAGUGCAGUUUGCGAUGCAAGUCAAGGGAGCAAUUGCAUUCAGCAGAAUUAUGAUGCUGAAAAUGGUAGGUUGAACACUUUUCAACCACUUCAACUGAAAAUUAGUUCAAGCAAAUACAGUUUGGACACUGAUGAUUCCAGUGAAAAUGUAAUGUGCAACAGAUAUUCGGAGCAAGGAUUUAAUAACUGUGCCUCUUCAAUACACUCGCUAUGUUUUCCUCCAUUGGAUCUUAUAAGACAAGAAACUGUAGCUGCUGCUUCACAGACACUUGAAUCCACAGACCAGCCAACUUGUUCUGAAAAUACUCAGGAGGACUUUGGCUCGUUCUCCCAGUUAAAUGUAACAUUGAGUUCAGAAAAUGAUCACAACUGUGACAUUCCUAAUCAAAAUGGAAAACAUCUGGAGAAUUGUGAAAGCAUAACUUCACAUGCCAUCACUUUUACUGAGAAUAUAAAAUCCAAAAAGAUAAAUGAAGUGAGUACUUUGAAUGGUCAAACUACUGAACUUUCUAGGCUAAUAUCAGUAAGGAAAAGGAAUUGCACUGGAAGUGAAGUGCUGUGUGUUUCAGAGCAGAAUCACGUGGUGCAAUCUGGGCUGUUACCUUGUGGAAGAACUGAAACUGCUGCCAAACCUGAGUUUAAGACUGAACAGGAUCAGCGUCCGUCAUCAAACCUUGCAUCAGAAGUUUGCAAUUUGCACAGUAUUAUACCAGCGAGGGAAAUUGAAUCAAAUAUUGGGAUCAUGGAAGAACCUGAACUCUCCCAACUAUCUUUGAAUGAUUCAACUUUAGUAGAUGAAGAACUAGGACUGACAUUUCCAAUAAAAAGCAAUACAAGUCAAAAUGAAUUCCAAACAUUUACUCAGGUAAAUGAGUUGCAGCCUUCAAAGCUCAAGACCACUGAUCAUGCAAUUACGAGCUUGCAUAACUUAGAAGUUGCAGAUUGCAAAAUAAAUCACAUGGCAUCUUCUCAAAACUCUCCAAAAGCGAUGAUAUUUCAGUUUGACUCACCUACUAAGAUUUUGAAUGAAGUGGUUCUGAAGAAAAAACAUAAAUUUCUUGCAAAUUCUAAAAAACGAGUGGAGGAUAUGAAAAGAAAGAGAAGCUCUGGAGAAGUUAACUCUGAACUGCUCGAUAGAAAAAUGUCUUUGAAACAGGAACAACCCUCUGUAUUUGCAUCAUCAUCAGUAGCAGCUCACUUGAAGAUGGUGGGGGAAGUGAAAGUCUCUACUCCUGAAGAUAGAAAAGCUGCUGAAGUAGAGAUGCGCGAAAGAACAUUCCGUCUCUACAGCCAACUUGAUGAGGUUAAAACGAGGAAAAAAGAGAUGACCAGACAAAUAGAGUGCACAAGAAAUCGUGAAAAAGCAAAAGAAUUCCACAAGAAAACUUUGGAAAAACUGAGAGCUAUGAAAAGACAUCGGUGAUGCUCUACAGUCAGAAUCAAUCAAGAACAGCUACAACUUUAUCUAUGUUCAUACCUGUGUUAAUAUAUAAAUCUCUUCAAUCUGCUUUAAUAUUAGUAAAUCAUAGGUACCUUAUUUGUAAUUUUAUUUUUUGAGAUGAAUCUUAAGAAAUUGCAUCUGAAUGGUGUCUAGAAUUUGUUUCUUUUUGUAAACUUUAUAUUUGGGGUUUAUAUAUAGGAAGAAUUUGCACACUACAUUUCAUACAGUUACUUUCUAGACUUUUGUAUAAAUUUGAAACAUUGCUUUAUAUAAAUUGGGAAAUUGAUUUAUUCUGUUAAAUUACUCAUUCGUGAUUCCUUUUUUUGUUCAUCUGUAGCACAUCCACAACAUUAGUUUUGUACGUGGAAGUUUCCCAUUGUAUCAAGUAUUGCUUAGCAUUGCUGUGAAAUAAACAGGAAACUUUGUGCAUAAUAUCAAAUGCUACAUUCUAUGUAAAUCCGUCCAGUGUGUCCAAGUGUACAACUUCUUGGAUAAGUACUGCAAAUAAGAUUACAAAAUCUGUUGGA